CUGAAGUUGACUCUGAUUGGCUCUCAGAAAUGGAGGGGGCGGAGUUCCCAGGGCUGGGCUGUGGGACAACCCCACUGCAAGUUUUCAAACCUCAACUGUAAGGUCUACUUAGUGUUGCUGCAGUUGCUGCUGCUCUUGCUGCUGCUGCUUGCUGUAGCCAUCAGAGCCUAGGUCGCUGCUGCCGCCGGGAGGUAGGGAGGGAGGGAACGAGUCCUGUGUCUUGGCCUUGUUCAGAGCUUGAGGAUUCGAGGUCCCCCCGACGCCCCCUUUUUUUGACCCAGUACCGGAGGAUUUCCCCCGCCGAGGGGGCAGCGUUGUGCACGGAGCCGCGGAAAGAAUAUUCUUAUACUCAACAUGUCCAGAAGAAGAUUUGAUUGCCGGAGCCUCUCAGGCAUGCUGUCAACAUCUAUCCAAACUCCAAUAAAGACAGAAAACUUUAACAAUUUUUACAUGCUUACAUCUAAAGAACUAGGAAGAGGAAAAUUUGCUGUGGUCAGACAAUGUAUUUCAAAAUCCACUGACCAAGAAUAUGCGGCUAAAUUUCUAAAGAAGAGAAGAAGAGGCCAAGAUUGUCGAUCAGAGAUCCUACAUGAAAUUGCCGUGUUAGAAUUAACAGCAUCUAGUUCCCGAGUGAUUAAUCUCCAUGAAGUCUAUGAAACUUCAAAUGAAAUCAUUUUGGUGUUGGAAUAUGCUGCAGGUGGAGAAAUUUUCAACCUAUGUUUACCUGACCUAGUUGAAAUGGUCUCUGAAAAUGAUAUCAUCAGACUUAUCAGACAAAUACUGGAAGGAAUUUCUUAUCUACAUCAAAACAAUAUUGUGCACCUUGACUUGAAGCCUCAGAAUAUCUUAUUAAGCAGUAUUUCUCCACUUGGAGACAUAAAAAUUGUAGAUUUUGGAAUGUCUCGGAAAAUAGGGAAUGCAUGUGAACUGAGAGAAAUAAUGGGAACUCCAGAGUACCUAGCCCCAGAAGUGUUGAACUAUGAUCCUAUUACCACAGCAACAGACAUGUGGAAUGUUGGCAUAAUUGCAUACAUGUUAUUAAUGCAUACAUCUCCAUUUGUGGGAGAAGACAAUCAAGAAACAUACCUCAAUAUUUCUCAGGUCAAUGUGGAUUAUUCUGAAGAACUGUUUUCAUCAGUCUCACAGCUGGCCAAAGACUUUAUUCAGUGUCUUUUAGUAAAAAACCCAGAGGACAGGCCGACAGCAGAAGACUGUCUCUCUCAUCCUUGGCUCCAGCAACGGGACUUUGUAAACUUGUUUCAUCCUGAAGAAACUUCCUGCUCUUCUCAAACUCAGGAGCACACAGUCAGAAACUCAGAAGACAAAACCACUAAAUCUACUUGUAAUGGAACCUGUGGUGACCGAGAGGAUAAGGAGAAUAUUCCUGAGGACAUUAGUACGGUUUCCAAACGAUUUCGUUUUGAUGAUUCCUUGCAUAAUCCCCAGGAACUUGUUCCAGAUUUGUUGUGCUAGCAACUUUCUCUUCAUCAUUUGAACUGAAUUUAAAAUCCACUGCAGUGUUGAUAUGUUUUGUACUUUCAUGUAUCGUAUACUUAUACUGAAAAUGCACUUUUGAUUUGGGGAAAGAUUGAAGGAAAUAUAUUUGUGUUAAAGUAUUGGUUCAUAUAUUAAUAGAUCUUCCUCCCUAUCUUGGAACCACAGAACUCAUCAGAGAAUAAAAUUUAAAUUAGUAUAUUUGCACAUUUCAAAUAUUACUUUAAAAAUCAUUAAUUUUGUAAAGCUGGUAUGAUUACAGGAAAUUGAACAUUUUUACCUAUGUAUUCUGUAAAUAAGAGAAACUAAGCUAAGGUUCACUAGGUUUGCCAAAAUGUUGCUAUACAGUAUUGAGUACUUUUGGUGAUUUUUUUGGCUAUGACAUAAAUUCAUCAAAAUGAAGAAAUUGAAAGUUAGUCUUUUAUUUUCCCUUAGGAUAAUUGUUGUGUUAUCCUUCUAUAAACUGAAUUCAUUUACAAUAGCAUAAAAUUCAGCUUUUCCAUUUACUACAUUUCCACCUAAAUACCCAGGAGCUCUAUUGCAAUUGAAAAGAGCAUGUCAACUCUUAGUUUUCUGGUUUUGCAUACAUCAUGCAAAGAAUGUGAUAAUACAAAAAAGAAUGUGAUGUUUUUCUUGAUAAAAGAAAUAGCAGGCAUUUCCUCUGUUGUUCAUCACUCAGGAAAACUUCUGAACUUGGAUUGUGUAGUUCUAAUAAUCCUCCCCCCGCCCCAAUAUACCCAAUCAAAUAUCAUUUGGAAUGUGGUUAUAAAACAGUUAGCAAAACUUUCUGGUUAUUUCUUUUUGAAAACUGCCAUAUUUAUUGAAGAUAGAAGCGUAUUUGGCCAAAUAUAGCUAUAGAAGUAAGUAAAAGAAUUAAGGCUGCAGAAUAAUAAAACUAAGAAUCUAAAAUCAAUCAUUCAAAAUACAAAUCGCUGUGAGAAGAGAGUAUUAAAGUGCAGUCUCCCUAAAGUACGACUGAAUAAGAUCCACUAAAGAGCUAUUUUUAAAUAGUGUUGGUAACAAGUCCCUUAGUAUGUCUUUUCUACACACAGCUCAUGGUGAAUGGUGAGUUUUCUGUAUGAAACAAAUUCCAUGAGGUUCAAAAGUGGUCUGUGUAAUAACUGAAGAUUAAAGUAUAUCUCUUUUGAUGGAUCUCCCCCAGAGAGUGUCAUCAGGUGGUACCCGAAAAGUCUACAAAGAGAGUGGCCUUCACUAGCCUGUUUUGUCAUCCCAGUAAGACCUCUUAAGCCAAGGUAACAAGAUUUCAUGACCUAGUGGCCCUCUUACAUCACAAAAAAAGGGCUAGCUUUUAGCUUAAAAAAUGGUAAACACCUCUAGUUACCUUCCUAGAAGUCUUAAAACUCCAAAUAUCUCAGUAAUACCUUUCAGACAGCACCAUUUUUACUAACAGCCAGGGGAUCGGUUCUUUGGCCUUAAUAUUGAAUUUACUUAAUAUUGUCAAGCGUUUUUAAAGGAAAAAUUAUGUGUAUUGUAUAUACGUGUGAAAGUUUUCCAUAUAUAAUCAUUUAUACAACUUUGUAUUUGAAGAUUCAUGAACUCUAGAUUCUUCAAAGACCUGUGAAUCUAUUUUAUUCAACUCAGGUGCCAAAAUAAUUUUUCUCAUAUAUCAUGUAAAUAGAUGAAGAAAUAGCUUUUAAAGAGCAGACUAGAAAUUCUAAAAGCUGAAAUGGGCAUCUUCCCUCGUUAUAAAAGCGAAGGUUUAUGGCCUUGUAAUUAUUUUCAUUGAUUUGCCAUCAGUAUUAAGUUAGUGCACUCAUUGUCAAAUAACUUUCAUUGGGGUAUUAGGAACUGGUUUUAUGCAUCCAUUUUCUUUGAUAAAAUACAUUCUCAUGUGUCCAGGGAUCUCAGUCCACAUCAAUUAAUGAAAUCUCAAGAAAUGUAAAAUGUUGUAAUAUUAUAAGCACUAAGUAUUUUUAGUGCCUUUUAUAUCUGGAAUUGCUGGAAGAAGCUAAAAGUCAGCCCAACUCUACUUUUCCCCAUUAGCUUUAGGGUAGGAUAUAUUGUAUAUCAAAGUUUAAGUUAAAUACUAAAAAAAUCUCCUUCAGUUAUUCACUUCAUCUCUGGAAAUUACGGUUUAUUGUGGAGAGAUGGUAAAACUUGAAUUAUGGUAGCAUUCACCAUGUGAAAUUCCAAUUGUGUCUAUAAAAAUGAAUGUAAAUAUUUUCACUGAUGGACAUGUGAAAAAGUAAGUAGCACCUUAAACUAUUUCCUUGCUCUUUUUAAUGUUCCAGAUUAAGUUUAAUUCUGUGAAAGAAGAUAUUUUAAGCUACAUUAUCAUUAAAAAUUUCCGAUUUUAUUCCAAUAUGUUAAAACGUUUCAAGUGUCCCACCUGAAGUGCUUUAAAAAAUGUUGUCUUAAAUUGCUUUAAAAGCAAGUACAAGAAAAUAUAAUGAAAUAGUAUAAAUAAUAUCCAACCACAGUAAAAGAAUGUUUCAAAGAGUGAAAGGAUUCUUUCCUUAUUUUAGUGGAUUAAAAUAACAUAAUUUUAGUUUGCUAACUUCACUUCUUCACAAUAUAAAGGUCUGUAUGGUUUUAACUUUAAAAUGAACAAACAAGCAAUUUAGGAAUAAAUUAUGAAGUCUUAGUCUGAAGUUUUCUAAACAUUUUUUAAAAUUACUUUAAAAAGUUAAAUUGAAAAUAUACAGACAAGAUUACAAAAAGGUUAAAGAAACAUAUUUACUAGAACAUUAAGAAUAUUUCCACAUCCCUCAGAGAUACACUGGUCAUUUAAAAAAAAUUUAAUAAUUUUUGGAAUCUUUUUUUAGUUCCAAGUGAGCAAGGUUAAAUUCAGGAAUUGAAACAAUAUAUAAUUCUUCUUUUUCAUUUUUCACCCACAGUGAUUCCUACAAAUCUUAUUUCCAUUUUCCCAGAGGGUCAAAUGACAAUGCAUUGGAAAUGGAAAAUGUAGGACAUUUUCACUAAGUGAAAGUAGAGGUGCUAAUAUCCUAAACAGGAAUAAAUAUCAUUAAUUGCUCAAGAGUUCAAAAGCUUAAUUCUAUUGCAAAUUUUCUUUCUAAAUAUGGAGACUGGAGUUGGAGAAUAUCUCAAAAACAGAAAAUUAGAAUUUUGUCAUCUGUGGUCACUUUGAUUUAACUUUCCACUGUAAAGUUAUAGCAAGUAUAAAACAAUAAAAAUAAAGCACUUUAAACUUAUACACACACCCACAUAAAAUAAUGUAUUUUCCCCCAAAGAACAUUUAUCCAUUUUAAUGUUUAAAAUAGUUUACAUUUCUUACUCUUUGUCUUCAGUGUAGUGAUUGGAUUUCCAAAUGAAGCCAAUGCCUAGCAAUGAAUGCUUUUUUGAAUUAUGUAAACAAUUGUGCUUUUAUUUCAAAGUAUAAAAACUACGUUUGAAUUCUCUGGAUUAAUGUAAAUGUCUAAUUUUAUAAGGAACCUUUAGAGUGCUUUAACUUACUGUAAAAUAUUGUAUAUAAUUCAAGUAUAUGUCCAACUGUUCUGUGGUAAGUUUUAUUAGAUAAUUUAAGUUUUUAUGGAUAGGAUGACAGAUGUGAUCAAGACUAUUCUCUUAGAACACUGUUCAUUCUAUGUACUUAAUGAGCCUUUUGAUUAUAAAUUAAAUGGCAACUUUUUCAGA